AUGUCCCCGGCAACCGCGGUCGCUAUACCAACACCGGCGACGAAAGCCAAGAAACCAUCGCCAAUAGGUACUGGCGUGAACGGUGUCGCACAUUCCACGGCGUUAUCAUCACCAUCGCUCUCAAACAAGAAGAUGGCUGCGACCGCGAAGCCGCCUGCUAGCACUGUCGGUGGUGCCAUUGGGGGGGCCCCCACAGUUCGGCCUGUCAACCGCGCACGGCGCGACACAAAUCCGCAAGCCCUCGGCAGGCAUUCACGGAAUAGCGCUGGGAUGCGCACCGGGUCGAUCUCGGACGAUGCUUCUGCCAACGGUGGCGGCACGCUUCCAUACGCUGUGCCCGACUCAUACAUCCUUGCGAAGCAUGCCGGCAGCCCACCCUCUCUUAUCGUACAUCUACAUCCUACACACUUCAGAUUUGAUGGGCAGGAUGGUAUGUUCCAGUAUAAAUCGCCCAUGAAGCUCUUCCUUGAGCACGUCCGAAGCCGCACCAUCCCCCACGACCUUCUUGAAUACUUCAUCCAAGCCAAAGUUCAGUUCUACGAUGGCUGUCUCAUCGUCCAACUUCACGACCAUAAGUCAGCUGCGCAAUCUAAAAAUGUUGCGCGACCAACUUCCGCAUCGAACAAGACAAUGCAAUCGUCCAUUCACAACUACAACCAGUGGCUCACCCCAUCCCCUUAUGUCCCAUUCCCCAAAGAUGAACAGGGAGCAAACGGCGGUACCAGGAAAGCAGAAGAGGAAACGAAACCGACAGGAAGCGAACUUGUUGAGGUGAAUGGCCAAGAACAGACGACCCCCAAGGUUGCUGCUAAACCAAAGGUGUUCACGGUUGUUCUACAUCCAACGCCGGAAAGCUUACAUAUGGACCUGUUGAUCAAAGCUACAACGCCAAAAGGCAUCCCAGAAACAUAUGUACCGCCACCAACGCCGCUGUCGCUUGGAAAUCCGCCCACCCCAACCGUUAAUACUAUGCCCCCCCCUGCGAAACGGCAAAGAAGAGACAAGACCGAGUUGGACGGAUCCAAUAUCUAUGCUGCAGAGGGGCAGAUAUUACUGGCUACCAUGGCACCAUUAAUAUUGACCCCGACAAAGAAUGCAGAAGAGACAAUUGCUCUUCUCGAGAUGAUGUCUCACCCCAAACACGCCGAAUCACCGCCGCAACCGAAGACAAGAAAGCGUACUAUUGCCGAAGUUGCGGCAGACGAAGCCGCAGCCGCAGACCAAGAGCGUUAUAUGCUCGUCCUGGACGAACGUCUUUCGGGUAUUGCUGGGGGCCAAGGUGCAGGUGCUGCGGAGGGCGAUGCUCAAAGUGGAGCUGCUACAUUCGAGCCGCGCUUCGAGCGCUUCAAGGUUAUCGAGGAAAUUAAAAGACAGCAUGCGGAGAAGAAGGAGCAGGAGAAGCUCAAACAACAAGAGAACGACCGGCGGCUGCAGGAACAGCGGCUACAGCAGCAGAGAGAGCAGCAAGCAGCAGCUCAGCGGGCUGAAGCCGAUCGCCAGAGACAAGCUGCUGCCAAUAGAGAGAACCAACUUCGCCAGGUUGAGGCACAGCGACAAGCCCUGGCGAAUAGACAGGCACAGGCGCAGGCAGCGCAUGCACAGGCUCAGCAAACUGCGCAGGCACAGCAAGCCGCGCAGGCACAGGCGCAGGCGCAGGCGCAGGCGCAGGUUCAGCAAGUUACGCAGGCGCACCAAGCAGCCCAAAUGACACAGCGAAACAGUCAAGGUGCUAUGGUGCAGAAUGGCGUUGCUGGUAAUGGCAUGCAGAAUGGCAUGCAUGGCGCUGCUCAGGCUAGAUUUCCGUCGCAAAUGUCACAAGCCCAGGCAGCUUCCUCCCCCGUUGUGCGCCAGGGCACACCGCAGAACAUGUCAUCGCCAAUGGUUGGAAGCGCGCCCAUGCAGCAAUCUAACUCUGGAGCUGCUGGUAGCCCGCCACGACCGCCCUCUGUUGUCCAGAAUCCCAUGUCGGCUCCCAUGGCGCAUACUAUGUCUGCUAGAGGCAGCCAGCAGAGUCACGCAUCGGCUACUCCGCGAAUGCCCAAUGUGACCCCUAAUAUGGUGCAUGCUACGCCAAUCAACCGGCAGGCGAUGGCUGGAACUCCCCGCAUGACGCAGGUCAGCCCGCCGCCUGGCAUGAUGGCCCAGGGCUCGCAACUGGGUAGCAACAUGGCUGGUCCGAUGGGCAUGCCAAAUGGACAUGGAAUGAGCCCUCAGAACCAGAUAAUUGCUCAGCAAUUAGCAGCCCAACAGAGAUUGAUGCAACAGCAGCAACAGCAGCAUCAAAUGCAGAACGGUGGAAUGCCCGCCAUAAAUGGCCAGACAUUCACACCACAGCAGCAACAACAGGUGGUUCAGACUAUGCAGCGUCAAAUGCUUCUACAGCAGCAACAGCUGCAGCAAGGCGGGAUGUUGACCCCUCAGCAACAGCAACAGCAGGCUGUGUAUCAGCAGCAGUUACAAAAUCUGCAAGGUGUUCAGUUGCGCCAAAUGCCGCCACAAAUUCAACAGCAGCUCCAACAGAUGACUAGGGUAGGCCAGUAUGGCCAGAUGACCAAUGCGGUACCGAGACCUAUGAGUGGCCAAGUCAUGAAUGGUAACCCGGGUAAUAUGCAAGCCAUGGCCGCCAUGCAGCAACAGCUUCAGCAGCAGCAAGCGCAAGCGCAACAGCAAGCGCAACAAGUGCAGCAGCAGCAGCAGCAGCAACAGCAGCAGGGCCAGCAGCAGCAGGGCCAGCAGGGCCAGCAGGGUCCGCAGGUUCAAGCGCAGUUUGCCCAAGCUCAAACACAUCAGCAACCGGGGGCGCAGAAUCAGAUGCAGGUUCAGCUCAACAACCAGGCAAAGAUCCUCUUCCAGAGAAUGGUGGCAACACAGGCGCCUAGAUAUGGUGGGCCGGAACACAUUCCCCAGGACGCCAUGAACAAAAUGAAGCAGUUGUCAUUCCAACAAGCCUCGCAGCAACUCCAUAAUCAUAUUAUGGCGCGUCGGGCGCAGGCUGCGCAGCAGCAGCAGCUGAUGAUGCAGCAGCAGCAACAGCAGCAGUCUAUGCAAGGCAUGGGCGGUGGUAUGAUGGGACCGCAGGGGAUGUGA